ACCGAGCUCUGGAGCCAUGGCGAUGUUUGGAAAGGUUUUGGAGCCAGUGGGCUACAUGCAGACUGUGAGGGUCCUGGUCCAGGGCAUCUGCUCCUACCUGGGCGGCAGCGCCACAGCAGAGGAGAGUGAGCAGGCCAAGAAAAACCUGGACAACAUCGAUCAGGAGCUGGGAGCAUCGGGUCACGGCCUGCUGGACGACCAGGAGGUCCACCGGCUGGAGGACGACCUGGCGGUGGUGUACUACCAGCUGGGCACAGCGGUGAGGGCUCAGCCAAACUUCACCAAGAAGGAGACAGACGUGUUCCUGGAGUACGUGAAGGACUACCGGCUGGAGCGGCAGCUGACGGCCCUCUACAACCGUCUGAUGGGCGUGUCAGCGCUGACUGACCAGCCUACGCUGCUGGAGGAGCUCAUCCUGUGUCGCAAGCCCAAACGCUGGGAGCUGAGGGAGUUCUGCGUCAAGAUAAACUUUGUCCUGGGUACCGGCCUGCUUUGCCUCUUCACGCAGGCCUCUCUGACAGGCAGAGACCAGACUCUGCUGAUGAAGACCUGGUCCGACCGCAUGGGCGCCCUCUACAGGAAGAUGAAGAUGACAGGAGGCCGCUGCUUAGGCUACUUCCUGGAGCAGGCGGAGGUGGACAUACGGCAGCAGAUCCAAGAGGCCGUGCAGAACCGUGCACCCCCUGAGGACGCGGCUGGAAGCAUCCUGAAGACCCUGGAGAAGAACUACGACUGGCUGCGCUGGGCGGUGAUGCUCCACCCUGCUGUGGGACCCCUGGAGGACGAGAAGGAGGAGAAGACCGAGGAGGCGCAGGAAGAAAAGGAAGCCAAGGAAGCUGCGCCGCCAGAACAGCAGUUCAACAAUUUCCUUAAUGUGGCAUCAGAAGCACCAAUCCCUCACGUGGUGGCAUGCUACCGUGACACACCCACUUCACUGGACAAGAGCCGCAUCCACCAGCUCAUCCAGGACCUGGAGUGGAAGAUCCCCAACCCGCCACCUGAGGUGUACGCCUCCAUCGAGGAAGAUCCAGGCAGGGCACGGCGCUACCUGGCCUCACGCAUGCUGACGAAGCUGCAGGAGGGGCUGGGAUCUGGUGUGGCCGUCCACGUGGUGCCGGGCAGGAUGGAGAUGAAGUGCAACUUCCCUCCAGCCUCGUACUACCUCUACGAGUACAAACACCGGCUGGCCUCGGGCACCGUGUGUGUGUUUGGAUGAAAGAGUAAAGGGAGGGAAACAACCUGUUCUCGCACAGAUGUUUCAUAAUCAUAUUACAGCAUCGGCUUUAUUUUUGUUGCUUUCACAGUGGCAUUAACAUGUCUCAUGUAAUAUUACUUCCAAAUAAAUGUCA